GGCAGGAGCCAGCGAUUCGAUUUGACCCAUGACCUCAUGCGACUGGGCGUAAGCUCCGAAGAUCCGUGUCAUGCGGCUGACUUGGCUGAUCCAUGGUCUCAGUGUCGCCUUCGCCGCGCUGCUCCUGGACGAUGCGACGAUGGUCCCCGUUUGCAAGGCCGGCGCCGCUGGUUGUGUGCGAAAGCCGCCGCGGCAGCCUGACGCUGCAACGCGGCCCAUUGCCGAGACCGGCGCGUGGGGCUUUAGCUAUGGUCCCUUGCCCACGCGGAAAGUGGGCAGAUUUCCAAACGACGACAUGAUGACAGAGGCAAUGCAGGGUCAGUGGGGCGACGGACGCGAUGAUCUCGCCAUCAUGGCCGAGAUGGGCGCCACCAUGGUUCGGCUCUACGGCAACGACCCGCGUUUCGACGGCACUCAGUUCCUGGACCGUUCCAACAGCUGGGGCCUGAAGGUGAUUGCAGGCAUCUCGGACUACCCGUUUGAGACUGGCUCCAACUGCUGGAAGACAGACUUGGACUGCUUUGCAGAGGUGCAGAAGUCCUACGCAGAGGAUUUGACAACGAAAAAGUUCCUUUCGAAUGGCCACUACCACCCCGCGCUUGACACACUUGUCAUUACCAACGAGCCAGACUUGAAGUUCAUGUCAAGUGGAGGCAAGGACUACAUGCGCGCCGUACUCAGUGCCUUAGAUGGGGUCCUUGCCGCUGAGCUGGCAGCAGGCUUGGAUGUCACCUCUAAGGAGAACAUCCAUCUCACUGCAGCCUUCUCCUACAGCGUGUGCACAAGAUGCAAGCACCUUGCGGAGCUCAGGACCCUGGGCUGCUGCCUGGUCUGCGACUCUGGGAACGCACCCUCCUGCGCGUCCCUGGGGGACAUGGGAAAGCCACAGGAGGCAGGCGGAAUGAAGUGCCCCAGAGUGCGCAAGCCGCGGUUUCAAGAUGACUGUCCAGGACUUCCCAUGAUCAUGGACUUGCACAUGGCCAUGGAAGACCCAAGCUCCGUAGGCUACACCUUCCGGACUGAAGGCUGGAAGGCUGCCUUCACAAAUCGCUGGAUCCACUCCUUCAAUGGCUUUGUGGGAGCUGAUGCUUUGAACCAGCAGUUCGUUCAAAAGUACAUGAAGCUAUCAUUCAACGCCAACAAAGCUGCUGCUGACAUGAUGAAGGUCUUUAUGGGCGAGUACGGGGAUCCGCACCUGGCCAAGGACCCGGCAGCCCUGCAGCGGGACCUCCAGAAAGCCCAGGCGCUGGUCAAGGAUCAGAGCAACCCCUUCGUCGGCUUCAACUUCUUCCAGUUCCAGGUGGCCUAUUGGAAGCCCUGUGACAACCCGGCCGGCUGGGACAACUGGGAGGCCACCUACUGGGACCGGCCCAAGGAGGCCCCGCCGCCGGCCAGCUGCAGCGAGAGGCUCUUUGGCACCUUCGCUCUUGGGGACAUUGCGGUGAGCAAAACCGGGGGCAUCGACUACUACAGCCAGAACGUCUACAGCAUUCCUUGUCUCAAGCCCAUCUUCAAGGGAAAGCCGCAGGCCAUCGCUGCGGCAUAUGGGGGCCAAGCUCCUAACACCUCCAUUUGUGAGAAAGGUUGGGAGGCUCAGCCAGCAAAGUAUUGUGUAGCUGCACGAGGCGACCACGACCCCUUGGGCCAGGGUGUGAAGCAGGUUUGCGGGGCGCUACACGGCAUGGGCCGGGACUGCACGGAGAAUCGACCAAGCCAUUGUGCGGAUGACAAGUACACCGUAGCAGACUGGGCAUUCUCCAUGUACUUCUCUCUGAAGAAGGAGGAGGGCAAAGCUGAAGACAUGUGCGACUUUGGCGGGGCGGCGCUGAUUACGCCCUUGCCAGCACGGCCAGACUGCUUGGCCAAGCUGGGGCCGCCAAAGUCAACGUCCCCGGAGCCAGUGACAGUGGUGCCAACUAGUGGGCCACCAGGCCCAGCUCCAUCCCCAUCCCGAAGUUCCUGGCCGUGGUGGCUCUUGGCAGCUGCCGCGCUGUUCCUGGGCCUGGCUUUGGCUUACCGUGCCAUGCGCAUUCGCCAGAACGCUCAGGAGGAAAGAGAGGUUGCCAUUCAGCUCUCUUGAUGUGGUGGAUUGUUGCUGUGGGCAAAAGGAGACGACUGCGUGGGCUUAGCUGCACCUUUGGUUUGUCUUGCUCCUUGCCUGGCUCAUCCCUUCCGAAUUCUUGUACUUUGCCC